AUGUCCUCUCCCUUCUUGAACCUAGAUGGAACUCCUCUCUGUGAUCCCGUUCUUGGCCACGGUGGAACAGGGGUCGUCGUUCGACGAGGUGGCGCCGCCGUCAAGCUGCCAUUGAGGUAUAUUGGUGAUAACGACGACGAUGCCCAAGCGAACCGUCUCGUCAUCAAACAUGAAGAAGACGUGUAUCGACGGCUACAGGAUUGUGAUGGUGUUGUCCGUUGCUUCGGCUUCCCUGGAUAUUGCAUUCAAAUGGAGUUGAUGGAAAAUGGAGAUCUUGCUACAUAUCUGAAGGGACAACGCCCGGUGCAGUCUCUUCAGCUCUCAUGGUUUCGGCAAAUGGCUCAUACCCUUGUCCGCAUACACGACCGUUGUGUUAUAGUAGCAGAUAUAGCUACAAAGAAUUUUGUUCUCAGCGCCGACCUCUCCGUUAAAUCCUGUGACUUCACCGAGUCCUCCAUUCUGCCCCUUGGUACUGACAUGGAGCGCGCCGACGACCAUGGUUACUCAAUUUACACGGACAUUGGCCAAUUGGGCGCUGUGAUAUAUGAGGUUAUAACCGGGCAGCGUUGCGAAUUUGAUCUGUUUAAGGAUCAACCGUCGGGGCCCGCCUGCGCAGCCUGGCCACGACGGGAGAUUCUCCCUUCCACCAAGAAUGUUUGGCUUGGUUCAAUCAUUGAAAAGUGUUGGGCUAAAGGUGCAUUCCGGAAUGCGAGAAGUCUACUGGCUGCACUAGAGUUAGUCACUCUAGAUUGUCCACUCGAGCACGAAAAGAGGAUACAUGAACAUUUAGGAUUCCAUGUCAACGUGUUUGAGAUAUGUCCCCAUCUCUCGCUUCCACAGGAGAGGACUCUUGACAAAUGUCUAUCACAGGAGAAGUUAAGCCAGACUCAGCAACUGAACUGGGCGCGGGAAGCAGCUGCUGCUGUCUCAUAUGCACAUUCAAAGCGUGUCCUUAUCGGUGGUUUUGCCGCACGAAGCUUCUUAAUUGCGGAUAAGCAAACACUCAAAUUAUGCCACUUUGCAAACUCUCGCAUCGUUCCUAAAUAUCUAAAUAUUGACGAAAUCAACGAGGACGGUCUAUCAGUCAAGUAUGAUAUAGCCUGUUUCGGUUCCCUAAUUUACAACAUUGUUACUGGAAGGAAGUUCGAAGUUCCCAUCUGUCAAAUAUCCAAUACCACUGCGCAGGGUUGUGGUGAGGAUGCGGCAGUUUCCGAAAAUAGGGACUACACGAUUCCAGGACAAAUGGAUAAAGACAUAUAUGGAGAGCUGCCCAACACGGUGGGCAUAUUCAUGGGCAACGUAAUCCGGGACUGUUGGGAUCGGGACGGGUAUCGGAGGAUGGAAGAUGUCUGUAGCGCACUCUCUGAGCUCUCAGAGCGCGAUCUCUCGGGUUUACUCUUAAGCAGUAUGGCAGAAAGCGACUCCAUAUACCGCUCUUUGCAAUUUAUGUUGACGGUGAAGAGCUGGUUUCACCCUCAUCUGUUUCAUCUUCGUUUCGUCCCCAUGGUUGCGGUUGCGGCUGUCUCGCUGGGAUUUCUUGUCCUACAUCGAGGUUUCUACGAAGCGUCCAGGCCUGACUUAUGA